GGAUUGUUUCAGUACCACUUUUUUGCUAGGCUAUUGUCAGAGCUACAGGUGUUUCCCCGCUAGACUCACUCUAUUUCGACGCCAACUGUUGUACGAACCCACAAACUCGUUCGAUCUCCAGUGCUCUUUUCUUUUCUUCCUAUUCCUGACUGUUUUCAUUUCGUUCAGGACCUUUUUGCAUAUUCACCGAAACUAGUCUUGUCGUGCAUCUUAUUCACAGCAGAGACUCAGUUGACUGCAAUUCUCAGGAGAUAACGUUGGAUCAUACUGUUCACUUUGCUACUUGUCAAUUAUCUUGAAAGAAAGUAUUGUACCAACACAACUUCUUUUCCAAAAUCUGGAAUUCAGCCGUUGCGAAUUUCUCACGUCACGCUAUUCUUAAGAUUGUUGUUUCUUAAGUUUGCUUUAUCUGAAAACCAACUUAUAUUUUGCUACUCAAAUUAUCGUCAUUUAUGAUUGAUAGCUUCAUAUGGUUUGGUCUCAACUUGAUGUCACUAAAGCACAUGUGGCAUAUGCCGUAGUCGCUGUUUUCAGUACAUGCUUCUCACUAUGUUCCCUUUUCGUAAAGGAAAAAUUGUACCUGGGUGAAGCCUCAGUUGCUACUAUUUACGGCUUAAUCGUCGGUCCCCACUGCUUGAAUUGGUUCAAUCCGUUGAGCUGGGGAAACUAUUUUUACAUCACACUAGAGAUUUCGAGAGUCCUUCUCUGUAUCGAAAUUGUGGCAGUCUCUGUCGAAUUGCCAAAGAAAUAUGUUUUGAAACAUUGGUUUCCGUUGUUCCUAUUAUUGAUUCCGUGUAUGACUGCUGGUUGGUUAAUCAUCGGAGUUUUCAUUUACCUUAUUAUUCCUGGCCUACACUUCAGUCAUGGGCUAUUGAUAUCGGCCUGCGUCACCGCAACAGAUCCAAUUUUGGCCCAAGCAGUCGUGGGUAAGGGUAAGUUCGCAAAAAGAGUUCCUGCUCAUUUGAGAAAUCUCCUUAGUGCGGAGUCGGCGUGUAACGAUGGUGUCUCUGUUCCCUUCGUUUAUCUCGCAUUGAACAUAAUUCUACAUGGUGGUCACUCAAGUGAGGUUGCAAAAGAGUGGAUUUGUGUCACUGUUUUGUAUGAAUGUGGUUUUGGCUGCAUUAUGGGCAGUGUCAUAGGAUACACCGGUAGGAAAGCUUUAAAGUUUGCCGAAAACCACGAUCUCAUUGACCAUGAAUCGUUCCUUGCCUUUUAUAUCAUGUUGGCAUUACUAUGUGCUGGUUUUGGUUCCAUCCUUGGUGUGGAUGAUCUUUUGGCCUCUUUUUGUGCAGGUACAGCAUUUGCCUGGGAUGGAUGGUUCACACAUCGAACAGAAGAGUCAAAUGUUUCCACAGUGAUUGACAUCUUAUUGAACAUGGCCUAUUUUGUUUAUUUUGGUUCGAUCAUUCCAUGGCAAGAAUUCAAUGACACUGCAUUAGGUCUCAAUUGCUGGCGUUUAAUCUGCAUUGCUUUGGUGGUGUUAUGCCUAAGAAGAAUCCCUGCAGUUCUUUCCACGAAAAUGAUCAAUCCGGAUAUCAAAAACUGGAAAGAGGCAUUUUUCGUCGGUCACUUUGGUCCAAUCGGGGUAGGUGCAGUUUUUGCCGCUAUCAUUGCUAUUUCAGACUUGGAAGCGGAUGUUUUGCAUAUUAGUCAUGGUCCAUCAACCAAUUACCCUGUUGAAUCAGAAUAUUAUCAACUGAUACGGAUUGUGUGGCCAACUGUGUGUUUCUUGAUAGUUACAAGUAUUGUUGUACAUGGUUCGUCCGUUGCGGUUUUGACGUUGGGCAAACAACUACAAAGUAUGACCUUCACGAUGACUUGGACAAAAGCUGAUAGUAGUGGUGCUGAGAAUGGCAAUGUUAAUUGGUUCAAUAGAUUGCCAAAGAUUGAAAGAUCGGGAACCUCCUUUUCACUUAAGAGAGUCGACACCAUGGCACACCAAGAUUAUAAUGGCGGCUCCAUCACUUUAGAAAACAUUCCAACUAUUGAAACCAGUGGAACUCCAAUACGACCUGCUGGUGGCGCAAAUAGAAAAAAGAAGAGAAGAUUACUGAAGCGCAAACAGACGAAAAAGAGAAAGAUACCGCCUGUUUCUGAAACCUUAGAUUUGAGAAAUUCAAAUAGACAUCCUGCUCAAGAAGAGGAGAAGCCUCAAAUUGAAGUGGAUGGGCCAGAAGAUGAAAGUAUAAACUCAGAUGAGCGUCAUAGUGGUAGCGACCAAGACAAACUGAAUGUACCACUACAGAAGAUUGUCACUAAUGCAUCCCAAAACUCAAUGGGAUCUCGUCUUUCUUCCAAUUCAAUAAUGUCAGGGCAAAUGCGUGGUACAGUCCAUGCUAGUACCGCAGCGUUGAAAAAAAUUGCUUCAGACUAUGAAUUGAAGGAAGAUGACUUACAACCUGUCUAUGACGAAGACGGUGAUUUGCGUGUUCCAACACACGCUUAUAAUUAUCGGGAUGGUCUUGUUAUCGAGGAUCAACAUGGUGAAGUCCUGCGUACUGUCCGUAAACCAGUCCCACUUGAAGAAGAUAAAGAGAAAAGUUCCCCUGAGAGAGUUGUUAAGAGAAGUACUACGGGAGCAUCGAAAAGUGCAUUUGACAAGUUUGUAGAUCUUGGUGAUGGCAUUUUGUUUAGAAAUUCUGUUCCGAGGAAAACCAGGAAGUUGCAUGGAUAUAGAAUUAACGAUGAUAUUAUCAUUGAGAAUGAAGAUGGUGAGGUUCUAGGCAGGUAUAAGGUUAAUGUAAAAAAACAGAAGGCGGAGGAACUGGCUAAAGGUAUUAACGAUCAACAAUACAAUAAUAACUUGUCUGAAAAGAAUCGUUCUGAAAGACCUCGUUCUCCUGGGCGGAAACUUCCAUCGGCUUUGAUACAUGACAGUGAUAGCGAUUAUGAUACUGAUGAAUCAAGCGAGGGGGAUGACAGUGACGACUAUGAUGAUGAUGAGGAUGAGGAAGAUAAUGAUGAUGAUAAUGAUGAUGAUGAUGAUAUAACAUUGGAUUCAAGAGGACAUGCCCAUGUGAGGAAAGUUUCUUCCAAAAAUGAAAACCCAAUCAGAAAUAGGGGCAGAUCUUCAAUAUAUGAUGAAUCGAAAUUUGAGAAAGCCAGAAGAAAAGCUGCGCUAAGCAAGUCUAAUCGUGAGAGUGACGACGAAGAGGAGGAUAAAUAG